AUGCAGGGCCUCGUACAGCAGACGGCCGCUCGGCCCGUGGCUCGCGGCGCCCUGGGGAGCCGGCGUGCCAGCGCGCGCGUCGCGCGAAGGGCCACCAGGGUACAGGCGCAGAAGCUGAUGUGGGAGGCCUUGCGCGAGGCCAUUGAUGAGGAGAUGGAGGCGGACCCGAACGUCUGUGUGAUGGGCGAGGACGUGGGACACUACGGAGGCUCGUACAAGGUCACGUACGACUUGUACAAGAAGUACGGCGACAUGCGCGUCCUGGACACGCCCAUCUGCGAGAACGCCUUCACGGGCAUGGGCAUCGGCGCCGCCAUGACCGGGAUCCGCCCCAUCGUGGAGGGGAUGAACAUGUCCUUCAUGCUCAUGGCCUUCAACCAGAUCUCGAACAACUGCGGGAUGCUGCACUACACCUCCGGCGGGCAGUUCAAGGUGCCCAUGGUCGUCCGGGGGCCCGGCGGCGUCGGCCGGCAGCUCGGCGCCGAGCACUCGCAGCGUCUCGAGUCGUACUUCCAGGCCAUCCCUGGCGUGCAGAUCGUGGCGUGCUCGACCGUGGCCAACGCCAAGGCGCUCCUCAAGAGCGCGAUCCGCUCGGACAACCCCGUGAUCUUCUUCGAGCACGUCCUGCUGUACAACAUCAAGGGCGAAACCCAGGAUGGCCACUACCAGCCGCUGGAGAAGGCCGAGAUCGCCCGCGAGGGCACGGACGUGGUGAUCUUCACGUACUCGCGCAUGCGCUACACAGCGCUGCAGGCGGCGGAGAAGCUCCAGGAGGCUGGCAUCUCGUGUAUGGUGGUGGACCUCAUCUCGCUCAAGCCGUUCGACAUGCAGACCAUCGCGGCCGCGGUCAAGAAGUGCCGGCGCGUCUGUAUCGUCGAGGAGUGCAUGAAGACGGGCGGCAUCGGUGCGUCGCUGUCGUCGCUCAUCAACGAGAAGUACUUCGACGAGCUCGACGCCCCCGUCGUCCGCCUGUCCAGCCAGGACGUCCCCACGAGCUACGCGUUCGAGCUCGAGGCCAAGACGAUCGUCCAGGUGGAGGACGUCGUUGCUGGCGUGCAGAAGAUGUUUGGUGCGCCCGUGGCGGCGUGA